CAGACGUUGACGGAUUUCUCCCAUUCAGCAUGGACGCCAUAUCGUUCGUUCUGGGCAUUAAAUCGUCACACCUGCGAUCGUCACAUCUUCGCGAGCUCGUCUACCGCGGCCGAGUCAUGAAAACAUCCAAGAUCCAAGACGACGGAACGGCUGUGCCAGCGACGAACGGACAGGUUAACGGCCACGAGGACGGAGACGACGAGGAUUCCUCACAACGAGCGUCGCGGAACGACCCUAAGACGGCGUGGGUCAUGGCAGUCUAUGAGGACGAUGCGGGCGAGGAACAGCGGUGGAAGCGGACCAUUACGAGCAGCGGUGCUAGCGAGUACCGCAUCAACGACCGCGUUGUCACCGCACAACAGUACAACGAGGCCCUCGAGGAGGAGAACAUCCUUAUAAAGGCGCGAAAUUUCCUCGUCUUUCAAGGAGACGUCGAGGCCAUUGCCUCUCAGUCCCCACAGGACCUCACGCGCCUCAUUGAGCAGAUCUCGGGGAGUCUGGAGUACAAGGAUGAGUACGAGAGGCUUCAGGCAGAGGUGGAGCAGGCCGCGGAGAAUCAGAACUUUCAGCUUCACAGGAGGCGAGGUAUCAACUCGGAAAUCAAGCAAUACCAGGAGCAGAAGCGGGAGGCCGAAAAUUUCCAAAAGAAGACGCAAGAACGGGACGAGGCUGUCAUUACCCAUAUUCUGUGGAAGCUUUACCACUUCCAGCGCGUCAUGGACGAGUCCAGCGCCCAGAUCCAGGAACACCACGAGAACCUGAAGGAGUUCCGCCGGAACGUGGAAACGUUCGAGAAGAGACUCGAGGCGGCGCGCAAGGAACAGGCCACCGUUGGUCGCGAGGUCAGCCACAUCGAGAAGAGCAUCAAGAGCAAAGAGAAGAGCAUCGAGAACAGGGACAACAGCCUUGUCCCCAUCGAUGAGAAGAUCACGCAAAGCUCACAAGAUAUGGCGAUCCUUCGGAAGCGGAUUUCCGACGUCAAGAAAGACCGCGAUGACAAGGCGACCAAUAUCCAGAAGCUCAAGAAGGACCUAGCGACGAUCGAGAAGGCACAGCAACAGUUCGAAAAGCAAUGGUCCGAAACUCUCAAGAAGCAGGGCAAGGAGUUGAGUGACGCAGACCGUAAGGAGUACACCAGUCUCCAAGCCGAGGCCAUGAGGAAGACGUCGGAUAACCGGGCGAAACUGGCGAAUCUGGAGCGUCAGCUGAAGGGCGACGAGGUGACGGUGAACAGCCUGAAGGGUAGGAUCGACAACUUCGAGGCCGCCAUCGAGAAACUGCAAAGCGAGGCUCAGGUGAUCAAGGAUCGCCGCGACGCCAUUCAGGAUUCGGUCGGGCAAACAGCCAGGGAUAUCGAUGCCAAGAAGAAGGAAUUUAACAGCGUGCAAUCGGAGCGGAUCAGGAUCAACAACACCCAUACCGAGCUGGAGGAGAAGCUUCGUGACGUGCUGCGGAAGCUCGACGACGCGGACAUGGGGCGGCGGCAGAAUGAGAAGGAGACCAAGAUGAGGAGCAUGAUCAGCGAUCUCAAGCGAAUAUACCCGGGGGUCCGCGGGCGGGUGGGCGAGCUGUGCAAGCCCAAGCAGAAAAAGUACGACGAAGCCGUCAUCACGGCGCUGGGGCGCGAAUUCGACGCCGUCGUAGUGGACACGGAGAAGACCGGUGUGGAUUGUGUUCAGUACCUCAAGGACCAGCGGUUCCCGCCAGUAACAUUCAUCCCGCUCGACAACAUCAAGGUCAACACCUCCAACUCCGCCGUCAAGGGGAUAUCCGGUGCCCGACUGACCAUCGACACGAUCGACUUCGACCCGUCCCUGGAGCGGGCCAUCGCCUACGCCUGUGGCGGGUCGGUAGUUUGCGACAGCUUGGAGAUCGCCAAGGACAUCGUCUACAACAGGAAGAUCCAGGUCAAGGCGGUUACCCUGCAAGGCUACGUGAUCCACAAGGCCGGGACCAUGUCUGGUGGUCGGUUACCCGAAGAGAAAGGCGGGAAGCGGCGGUUUGAGGAGCACGACGUGCAGAAUCUCGAGCGGCUGGCCGAGAAGUUCCGGGACGAGAUUGCAAAGUUGCCGCGGCCGGGGAGGCGAGGGGUCGCCGAGGAGAGUCUGCAAAACGAGAUUGCCGCGCUGGAGCAACGCCUCAGGCUCCAGGAGAGUGAGCUGGCUGCUUUUGAGAAGAACCUGAAGAGCAAGGAAAAGGAGCUCGAGCACGCGAAGCAGCAGCUCCGCGAGUACCAGCCCAAGUAUGCAGAGAAGGAAGGCGAGCUGCAGCGGACCCGUGCCACCGUUGAGAAGUUUGAGAAGGCCAUAUCGGAGGUCGAGGAUAAGAUCUUUGCCAACUUCUGCAGGCGGCUUGGGUACGAGAACAUUCGUGCCUACGAAGCGCAGCAAGGCAGCCUCGAGCAGGAGGCAGCUCAGAAGCGCCAGGACUUUGGCCUGCAGAAGCAGCGUAUCCAAAACAACCUGACCUGGGAGACGUCGCAACACGACGCCGCGAACGAGAGGGUACGGGCAAUGGAGACGACCCUGAAGCGGCACCAGAAGGACCUCGAAGCCUACGAGAGGGAGAAGCGGAGCAUCGAGGAGGCGAGAGCGCAGGAUCAGGACGAGCUUGCGGCGUUGCAGGAAUCCCUGGAGGAAGUCAGGGCGAGCUACGCCGAGAAGUCCAAGAAGGUGGCGGAUGCAAAACAGGAUCUGCAGAAGAAGACCAGGGAGAUCGAGUCCAGGUUGAAGGAGAUCAGCAACCUCGAAGGGACGGUGCAGAAAAACAGCACCCAGAAAUUCGCCCUGCUCAGGAGGUGCAAGCUGGAGCAGAUCCAGCUGCCGUUGCGCAAGGGCUCGCUCGACAACAUCCCCAAUGAAGACGUGCUGCUCCAGAGGGACCAGGAUGCCAUGGACAUUGAUGGCGAGGCGGACGAGGACGAGGUGCUGGAGAACGCCAUGGACGACUACGGCAUCGAGAUUGACUUUGAUGGUCUGGACGAGGACCUCAAGAAGCCCGACGAUGACAUCGAAGACAGGCUUCAGGAGAAGAUCACGUCGCUCACCAGCGAGCUCGAAAAGCUCAACCCCAACAUGCGGGCCAUGGAGCGCCUGGAGUCGGUCAAGUCGCGCCUCGAGGCGACGGAAAAGGACUUUGAGGACUCGCGGGCGGCCCUGCGCGCGGCGCGCGAGGCCUUCGCCAAGGUCAAGGAGAAGCGGUUCGAGCUCUUCAACCGCGCCUUCACGCACAUCCAGGAGCAGAUCACGCACGUGUACAAGGACCUGACGCGGUCGGACGCGUACCCGCUCGGCGGGCAGGCGUACCUGGACAUCGAGGAGGACACGGACACGCCGUACCUCUCGGGCAUCAAGUACCACGCCAUGCCGCCGCUCAAGCGCUUCCGCGACAUGGAGCACCUGUCGGGCGGCGAGAAGACCAUGGCCGCGCUCGCGCUGCUGUUCGCCAUCCACAGCUACCACCCGAGCCCCUUCUUCGUGCUGGACGAGGUGGACGCGGCGCUCGACAACGCCAACGUCGAGAAGAUCAAAAAGUACAUACGCGAGCACGCCGGCCCGGGCAUGCAGUUCAUCGUCAUCAGUCUCAAGCCCACCCUGUUCCAGGACAGCGAGAGCUUGGUGGGCGUGUACCGCGAUCAGGAGGCUAACACUUCGAGGACGCUGACGUUGGAUCUUCGUAAGUAUGUAUGACGGAAAGCAAGGGAGCAGAGGUGGGUAAACCUCGCGCCUGAGAACAGAGGGGGAAAGGGUGGGUUGGAGUGUGUGUGUGUGUGUGUGUGUGUGUGUGUGUGUUAGAGGGCAGGAAGCUUCUGAUUUCGCAGGCAGAACAGCAGUUUCUUCAUCACAGGGACG